UGAUGGACUCUAAAUUAUCUACACCCACCUCCCCCCAAUACCAACGCCUGCUGAGUCACAACUCUAAGCGACGUCUUCAGUACCAACUCAGUGAAGCCAUAACUCCCUUCGUGAGCUCAACCUUCAUCGACUUCGAAGACGAGCGAGAAUACCUAGUGAAGAAAAUAUUCCCCCAGUUGAAUUUACUAUGCGUUGAGAAGGGAUCCAGAUUCGAACCCCUGGACCUGAGAUGGGGAAUAAGUGAGUCGCAGAAAGAUAAAGGUCACCUGAUCCAGAGUUGUCUGGACUAUGUGAGACAUUGUAGUCCGUAUUUUAUUUGUCUGCUGGGAGAGAGAUAUGGGUCCCACCGGGAUCCGAAAAGCGAUCUGCUUCCAAGGAGCUUGGAAGAUCUGGGUGAUGAACCAGACUGGCUGGAUAAGAACCUAGUAGUAGCGGCAGUGACUGGCAACUACAGCUUCAUUCUGAACAACACAGACAACCACUUUGCGAGCAUCACUGAGUUGGAGAUCACCUACAGGCUGACUCUUCAGAACCCACACAAGAUGUUCUACUACCUCAGGACUCCCAAGGAUUUCUCACACUUGGACGAGAGUGAGAGGAAGGAAAAAGAGAAGAAAUUUGGCGGUGAAUCGGACUACGCUAUGAAGCGUCUGAAAAACCUGAAGCGCAAAAUCAGAAGCUACGUGCCGAUGUCGCAGAUCAGAGAGUACACUACAGUUGAGGAAUUGGGCAAACUGGUGUAUGAGGACUGGUCGGAAUUGAUUGCCAAUGAGUUCUUUGACGUGUCCACUUCCCUGAGAGGAGUGGCCAUGGAGAUGUACCAGGAAUGGCAGGCACAUGCGGCUUAUCAACAGACUCUGGGCGAUGAGUCGAGGUACUACAUGACUCUGAACUCGAUGCUGGGCUUCGAGAUUGACAAGGUCAUCGAUGACUUGUACUUCAAAGUGUCCCAAGGAUUUCCUCCAGAAGAUGACCUCAAAAAGUAUAAGGAGUGCCUGAGCCUGCUAAAUAAAAGCACUCUUGCCAACUACAAGAAAGAGAGUGGGGCCAUAUUAGCUGUACGGGGACCCAGAGGCAGUGGCAAAUCCGCAUUCCUCGCCUACCUAUCUAAGAAGAGGUCCGACCAGCCGAGGACACCACUAUGUGCGGGUGUGAAGGUAUUUGUUCACUUUGUGGGCUGCAACAGUCAGAGUGAAGACCUGGCAAACUUCAUGACCAGAUAUAUCGACGAAAUGACUGAAUACUUCCUAGAAACUCUGCCUGGGCGGGAUGACAACAGGUGUCUGGUGGACUCUUUCCAUGCAUCCAUGUGUUUCGGCCCAUCUGUCAUCUUCUUAGACGGCAUGGACCAGUUUGCAUCCUCACCGUUGUUCUCCAUCAAAGAGGUGAAAGACUGUGAGUGGCUGCCCGAGUUGCUUCCCCCAGGGUGUCUUCUGAUUCUCUCAACCACCCCUCACGACCACUCCCACAGGGCGCUGUCCGCCUCAAGGCCAAAUGACGUCACAUUCUUCGACUUAGUCACCCCAGAAACUCUGGAUCAGAAAAACCAGAUUCUGUCGUGUCAUUUUGGACCCCGUAAGAAGCUGGAGGAUCGACAGAAGAAGCAGAUCAUCAAGUGUGAACUCAGCUCCAGUCCAGUCUUCCUCGCAGCACUCGCCAGAGAAUUACAGCUGUGUGGCGGCUACAUGUCGGUGGAUCGGCAGGUGGAACAGUAUGUGAACUGUAGUAAUCUGCGUACCCUGUGGCACCUGGUGAUCCUCAGAUGGGCCAAUGACUAUGGAUGGUCACCUGUCACCCAAUCUAGCUCCAAGAAGACACCCGAGGGCAAAGAGGAGAAGUGGGCCAACAAGAACAACUGGGUGAUCGACACUCUCCGACUGCUGUGUGUGUCACGCAACGGACUCUCUCAGGAAGACCUCAUCCAAUGUUUACAGGCUCUCGGAUACAGAGGAGAUACACAUUCGGUCGGAACAUUCGACUUCAUGCAGUUCAAAGCGUGUAGUCAGCAGGCAGUUCUGUGUAGACGCAAUGGCUUGUUGUACAUCAAGCACACAUUAGUCAAGGAGACUGUCUUCUAUUUCUUCCUCAACGGAGUGUGCCCUGAAAUGACAACAGUGGCUGUGAACUCCCUCUCUUCCACUCCCCAGAGAUCAGCGGCCAGAUGGGUCAGCUCCAGACUCAAGUUCCAGAAUGUGAUCGCAGACUACCUCCUGGCCCAGCCAGUGUCCCUGUGGAGUCAGAAGCCACACCUGCUGGAGGAGUUGUUGUGGCAAUUGAGGAAUACAGGGAACUUGUCGAAAUUAGUCACAGUGCUGACCAAUCCAGACAUCUUCACUGUAAUAAUGACGAGCAUUGACAAAGUGGGAGCUCACUUGAUGGCCGAUGUUCGCAACUACUGGUCUCACGCCCUGAGUCCCACCUACGACCCAGGGAGAGUGUUCUUGGAGAUGGUACACAAUCUCGAACUGAAGUUCCUCGGGGGGUCAGCUGGUACGCAGGAGUUAGAGGGGGGUAAUGUGAAGGUGUCGAAUGAACAGCCUGUGAGGCAUGGGAGUACGCCGUGCACUGGAGAAAUGUCACAGACGCCUUCAGUGCAACCGGACAGUGCUAGAACCCCCUCUAUACAAGAAUCUGGAAGACCGGAGAAACCCAGAACUCUGGAUGUUGGAAGUGGCAUCGCGGAACCCAGCGUCCAGAUAACUGUCGAAUCAGAGCCAUUGGACACCAGCGACAUGGACAAAACCAUGACUACCAUAGAUAAGUGCCAUCCUUCGAGUUACGAGAAAUUGUCAUCUAUUCUAUCUUACAUCGGAAGGUUCUUGCAAGAACUGCAAAGAAACGCAGAAGCGGAAACAGUUUACAAAAUGGCAUUAAAACAUCAAAGCUCGUCCACGGAAUAUAGCGCCGAAGAACACAGUCAACUGAAAUAUAUUGAAUGUGUGUUAGCUAUUGGGGUUGCAUGUGCGAGACAGAAUGAGCCAAUCAAAUUGAAGGAAGCCUGUGAUUGGUUAAAACAGGCACUGGAGACGGUGCAACUGUUGUUGAUGGUGUGUAUUGGAGAAGCUAUGGCAUCAACAUUGCAAUAUUAUCAAGGUACGAUAACAGUGGAGCUGAUUGGCAUCUGCGUCAAACAGGGAGACAUAGACACUGCCAAGACACUCCUCGACAGUCUAGAGGGGGAAGGGGGUGGUGAGGUGGUUGUAAAGGAGACAGAGAGCACCUUUCUCAAGAAGUGUUUCUACAAGGCCGUCAUUUUCCACAAGCGGUUCAUGUUCGAAGAAAGUGGGGCUGAGUUUGAGAAAGUGUUACGAAUGUACACGGACAGAUAUGGACCAAACCACGAGAACCUCGCCGACGUCUUGAUAGCAUUCGCCAACUUACUGGCCGACAAAAACAAUUUCGAUGGGUUCAACUACUUUGCAGCUGAAGAUUAUUUCACCCGGGCGCUCAAACUGAAACAAAAACACCAGGGAGAUAAUCACUUGGAAGUCGCAGAGGUGAAGGAACUUCUGGCUCGUCACCAGUUGACAAACCAGAAGUUGAACUCAUCCCAGUUGGAUGCCUACCAGCACUUGCUGGACGCCAUCGACAUCCGUAAACUAGUGCUUGGUCCACAGCAGUAUCACACAGCGGAACUCCAGACGUACAUCAAUGAGAACUGCAAAGAAAUCCGUCGCCAGGCACUGAAGAGUCGCUCUGGAUCCCAGCAGCCGGACAACUUCCUAGACGAAGACGUCACAAUUCCCCCUGUUGCCACUCCCCUCAGUGGCUCUAAGAAACAGCCACUUACUAGUAGGGUGGGUGGUGUUGGUGGAGGGGCGAAUGUUAAACUCAGGCCAGCAAGUGCACUUUCAUGGAACGACAGGGAUCUCAUGUUUCUGCAGCAGAGAAAAAGAAAAUCGGCGAGGAAUAUGAUCAAGAAAGAGCGGGAUAACUUAGAUCGUAAAACCAGUGCGCCAUCGGAAACUGAAAGAGGCAUAAAUUCUUUCUGCCGAGAUCUGCCAGAUAUAGAACAGCGUUCACCGACAGCUCCGAACACCCCAAAAUCGAACAAUAGGUCCAGGUCACAACAGCCGUUCUCGGAACUAUACAUGCGAAGACACCGAUCUACAUGUGAAAUUCCAGGAAAGUUUGACAUCUCACAAAGCAAUGCGAGAUCUGUUCACGGGCCUAAUAGCACACUGGGGAGUUUGAUCACGGAUAGACCUCAUUUGGUAUCAAACGUUGACAGGAAAAAUUCGAGAAAAAAUAGAAAUUCUGGAUCGAGAAAUUCGACCAAGCGCGAACUUUUAGUUUCCGUGCCAGCAACUGAUAAGGAGUACACGUGGACUGAUGAUUAUGGAUAUGGUGAUGGUCUGUUUGAGUAUCAGUUAACAAAUGGAGAAAUGUUUGUACCUGCUAGAUUUAAUACGACUUGAUUUGAUCUAAGUUUGAUAGAAACUGCCAAACACUUUUUGUAGUAGAUUAAUUUUCGAAAACUAAUUAUUGAUGAUUUGUAAACCCCCUAACACGCAGCUUUGCAUACUUAGUCUAUCUACAGCUAGUCAGGAACUUAGAUUUUAGUUGUACUUACUUUUUUGAGUAAUAUUUACUUUGCUUCAAAGGCUUUAAUAUUAAUGACAUUCUAAAUUUUAUGUUGAUUUUGAUAAUCACCGUUGUUAUGUACAUACAAUGUUGUACAAAAAUGUAUAGUCUAAG